AUGAUGCGACUAAACCAAUUUACAUUUGAUGUAUGCUCAAUUAUUCAACCUGCUAAUCAAAUUAAAAUGCCAUCAAAUGGAGAUAUUCAAUAUACAUUCAGAAAUUUUAAAAAUAAUCAAAUUAUUUCAGAUAUUAAUUAUUUUCCAGAGGCAAAUGAAUGUCAUUGUCAUAUUUAUUCAUAUCCAUAUACAUUGACAUAUUACCAUAAUAUAACGAAUAAUUUUCCUGGUGGAUUAUUCAAAUAUGUUCGUCAAGUAUCAUUAUAUGAUGAAUAUCCUUUUGAACAUGACUUCUUUCUGAGAAUUACUCAAUCAUUUCCAUGCAUGGAAAAUUAA